AUGGUACGGGAGCUUUUCAAAAUCCUUGAUACCAACGAGUCUGGUCGUGUGGCUUGUGAAGAGUUCAUCGGUGGUCUGCUGAGGUUGAGAGGACAGGCUAAGGCAAGGGAUAUCCUCACUCUGAGGGUGUCACUGUUGAGUCUAUUGGAGCGGCUGGAGGCUAUUGAGGAUGGGGCGAGACGAGUGAAUCUUGCAUUGAGAGGAAUCUAUGAUGAUGUGGAUCAAUGGAAUGAACUGUUCUUGGGUAACCGAUCGCGAUGCCAGGAAGUGUGGGAUGCUUCCGCAUGGAAUGCUAAGGUUUCUUCUGUGAAACGACAGAUCCUCAGCACUCUACACAACAGAAUUCAGAGGGAUCGAGAGGCGGUCUUGGGACGUGCCCGGGUGGGAUCGACACGGCAUGCUCAGAAUAGUCAGGAUGGUAAUUAA